CCGAGUAAAGAUGGCAGAACGCGGUUACAGCUUUUCGCUGACAACCUUCAGCCCAUCUGGUAAGCUUGUCCAGAUUGAAUAUGCAUUGGCAGCUGUAGCUGGAGGAGCCCCUUCGGUGGGAAUUAAAGCUGCGAAUGGUGUGGUAUUAGCAACUGAGAAGAAACAGAAGUCCAUUCUGUACGAUGAGCGAAGUGAACACAAAGUAGAGCCAAUUACCAAACACAUAGGUUUGGUGUACAGCGGCAUGGGCCCAGAUUACAGAGUGCUUGUGCACAGAGCUCGGAAACUCGCCCAGCAGUACUACCUUGUUUACCAGGAGCCCAUCCCCACAGCCCAGCUGGUACAGAGAGUAGCUUCCGUGAUGCAGCAAUACACCCAGUCGGGUGGUGUUCGUCCAUUUGGUGUUUCUUUACUUAUUUGUGGUUGGAAUGAGGGACGGCCAUAUUUAUUUCAAUCAGACCCAUCUGGAGCUUACUUUGCCUGGAAGGCCACAGCCAUGGGAAAGAACUAUGUGAAUGGGAAAACUUUCCUUGAGAAAAGAUAUAAUGAAGAUCUGGAGCUUGAAGAUGCCAUUCACACAGCCAUCUUAACCCUAAAGGAGAGCUUUGAAGGGCAAAUGACAGAAGAUAACAUAGAGGUUGGCAUCUGCAAUGAAGCUGGCUUCAGGAGGCUCACUCCAACUGAAGUUAAGGACUACUUGGCUGCCAUUGCCUAAUAAUGAAGGGACUGAGUGGCCAGAAAUUUCAGAUAAUCGAUCUACUUAAACAUGUUUAAAGUAUGUUUUGUUUUGCAGACUUUUUGCAUACUUAUUUCUACAUGGUUUAAUGGACUGAUGUUUUUAAAAUGACACUUAUAAAUCAUAAUAAACUGGUAAAUC